GACGGACUGUGUUGGGUUUCGAGAAAAACAAAACAAGCCAGCGUUCUAUGUGUGGCUAUAUUUCACUCUGCCUUAUGAGAUGAAUAGAUAACCUUAGUUGCAGAGUGAGAUGUUCACAGAAACAAUAGUAAUGUCUGUGGCGUUCGUCAAACAGGAUUAGCAAUCAAUUUCUCGGAAUAUAUAUAUAGAGUAUUUUUAGCGAGAAAGCUAAUGUUAGAAGCUGGUCACGCGACGGUAUAAACUGCUAGCUGUCGAUAACCGCAUUAGCAGCGUUAUCUACUGUUAUCAGCCUAGCUACGUGUUCACCGGUCGCAAAGCGCAAUACGGUGCAUUAUAACUACUUUGGGUACAUUACGUAACGUUAGCGGACACAUUUUUGGGCGAUUGAGCAACAUUGGAAAGUAGAAUGUGACAAUAGUGGGCACGGCCCUUUGCCAUCCCGUGUAGCUGCUCCUUUGGCAGUGAAGUCAUGCAGGAUGUGAGGUGUCCAUUGCUCAAGAGAACCCGGCUCAUUUUAUAGCGGUGAAAGGGUUAGUUUCCGUCAGUGGGAUAUCUCGGCUUAUUUACCCGCAAAAUGCCUGGAAUGGUGGUGUUUGGUCGGCGGUGGGGGAUCGCCACUGACGACCUUGUUUUCCCCAGCUCCUUUGAACUGUUCAUCCGCGUAAUUUGGUGGAUUGGCGCUAUUAUUCUGUAUACUUAUCACAAAGGUCAUUUUGACUGUAAUGGGAGAGGAGUUCUUCACAUUUACCUGGUCGGACUGUUGGUUGUGCUUGGGCUCAUCAUCCUGUCAUUAUGUGCUAUUGUCUACGUCAGUGCCCAAGGUACCAUAACAAAUCCUGGCCCACGACGCUCUAUGCCUGCACUGGUGUACCUGCGAGCUCUCCUGUACAUCCCUGAGCUGGUGUGGGCCUGUCUGGGAGCGGUCUGGGUGUCUGACGAUGGCAGAGGGUGCGAUCCUGCCACAGUGGGGGCUGUCAUCGCAGCAGUGGUUGCCAGCUGGAUUAUCCUGCUCUUUACGGGGCUGGGCGUGGUAUUUGUGUUUGACCCCCUCGGCAGCCCCCAUUCUCCGCCUGCUGUCAUGGAGCCACUGGGAGUGCGAGACAUGGAGAGUAGCGGCGGCACCCAGUUCUUCUCCACAGCUCGCUCCCUGGCCGUCAAGGUGUGGGAGAGCAGGCUGCGGCUGCUGUGCUGUUGUCUGCCACAGGACGAAAGCCACCGAGCCGCGUUCUCUAGCAUCGCACAGCUCUUCAGCGGAUUCUUCUCUGACACAGAUCUGGUCCCCAGUGACAUAGCAGCUGGUUUGGCUCUGCUGCACCAGGAGCAGGAUAAGAUGGAGCAUAGCAGAGACCCAGAUGCCAUAGUCCCUCACAGUCCUUCCUCUCCCAUUGGAGAAGAUUUGGAGACAGAGUUGGAGAAAGCAGCUCACUGUAUGCAGUUUGCUGCAGCAGCCUAUGGCUGGCCGCUGUACAUUUACUCCAACCUCUUUACUGGGCCCUGCAAACUAAGUGGAGACUGCUGUAGGAGUCAGACAGCUGAGUAUGACAUCGUUGGAGGAGACCACCUUGGCUGUCACUUCUCAUCCAUCCUGCAGAGCACUGGGUUGCAGUACAGAGACUUCAUCCACGUCAGCUUCCACAACCAGAUCUAUGAGAUCCCCUUUUUCGUGGCUCUGGAUCAUAAGAGAGAAGCCGUUCUGGUGGCUGUCAGAGGAACACUCUCACUGAAGGAUGUCCUGACAGACCUGUCUGCUGAAUGUGAGAACCUGCCUAUAGAAGGAGUGUCUGGCGCCUGCUACGCUCACAAGGGCAUGUGCCAAGCGGCAGGUUACAUCUACAAGAAGCUGGUCAACGAUGGCAUCCUGAACCAGGCUUUCUCCGUUGCGCCGGAAUAUAAACUGGUCAUCACGGGUCACAGUCUGGGCGCUGGCACAGCUGCACUGCUGGCCAUCCUCUUGCGCAAUUCCUUCCCCACUCUGCAGUGCUACGCAUUCUCUCCACCAGGGGGACUCCUGAGUAAAGCCUUAGCUGAUUACUCCAAGGACUUUGUGCUCUCGGUUGUGCUGGGAAAGGAUCUGGUUCCCAGACUGAGCAUUCCCAACAUGGAGGAUCUGAAGAGAAGGAUCCUUAAAAUUGUUUCAAACUGCAAUAAGCCCAAAUAUCGCAUCCUGCUACAGGGCCUUUGGUAUGAGCUGUUUGGAGGAGAUCCGGAUGAUUUUCCGACUGAGAUGGACAACAGGAGGGAGGAGGAGCUCAGCCAGCCGCUGCUGGGGGAGGAGUCACUAAUUAUUCGCCAGUCAUCAUCCUAUCAGAGCCUGGGAUCAGACGACUCACCUGCCCACAAGGCUACUCACUUACCACUGUUCCUGCCUGGGCGAAUUCUGCACAUCACAGAUGAUGGGCCGUCUCGGAGGUCCUGUUUUUCCCAGGCCAGCUAUCGUGCAGAGUGGUCCAAUGAAAUGGCCUUCAGGAGCAUUUUGAUCAGCCCCAGGAUGCUUGCAGAUCACAUGCCUGACAUUGUGCUUCGAGCACUCAACAGUCUGAUCAUUGAUAGGCCCUUCUCCCUCUGCCCGUCCUCCCUGAACAACAGCCAGCACAAUACUAUCUGAAAUGUACCACAAAGACUGAGUGCUUAUCUUGUAUGCUAAGCCUGUUUCUGAUAUAUGUUAGCUGUUUGAGUUUCUUCACGUUUGAUCCAGGAUUCUUUCAAGUUGGUCCCAAACCUUAUUACUGGGCCUGCAUAAGUGUAUACAUUAGGACUUGAUUGUAAUGAAAGACAUGAUCUCCGUGAAUCGUGUUAACUUGUCAAGAGAAACAUGCUGGAGCACAGGGACUUGUUUGUUAAAUUGCACUUUUAAUUAUUUACUUUUAAUUUUAAUAUUUAAUUUUUAUUUCAGUUCUCUGAGCUACUCCAUGCGCAACUUUAUGCCAUGAUAUCUGAAUGUGCAUUGUGUACAAUAUUUGACAGUGCUGCGGUUAUAUUGUCAUGUCAGUGUUUUACAUCUAAUGUUUGUGUGAGUGCCGUAUGGUUGGUAGAGGCUGCCCCCCCCCCCCCCCCCACCGGUCACUCAAAUGGUCUUCCUGAUCUGUGGGGACGACUGAGGAGCAGUAUGAUCCAGGACGAGAGGAUUUAGGGGUGACUUUUACUUCCAAAUGUGGUUUAAAUCAUUACAUCUUCAUUGUAUAGUAAUUAUGGUGAGUCUGUCUCGUGUUUAAAUGUCUUGAGACAUCAGGAUGAACAGUGCCUAUGCAUUAUGGACAAACAAGUCAAAAGAAUUGCUUUACAGAAACAGUGAAGAGUGCAGAGUGUUUACAGUGAGUUUGGUUCUGCAUUUUCUGCAAUGCGGUCUGAAUAGUGCAUGGUGAUUGGCGUAAACGCGAUACAUGUGAGAGGUAGAAAGACUGUACUUCUACAUUUUGUGGGAACCUGUUUACUUGCCAUAAAUAUUACAUCUUUUUGUUUCAGGUAAUAUAUUAACACCUGAAUCAACUGAUGCCUGCCUAUCUUAUUCACAUCCUCAAUAAAAUGCAUUGGACUUCUUGAUGCAAAUAAAAGCUUCUUUCGAA